GGAAAAAAACAACAGCCGAUUAACUUCUAACUUUAUCUGGUUUCCUUCCUGCUCAUUGUCCUGUGGGACUCUGUUUCCGGAGUAGGUAGCCACAGGCUCCAACUUCUCCAUAACAUAAGAGAGCCAGCAUUUUAUGCCUGCACACACGACAACAUGGAUUGCUUGCAACUGGGAGCUUCUGUGCCACUGAAGGUAAUGACAGUGACUGUUUUGAUGUCUGCCUGGCUUUCAGUGUGUAUAAAUACAGUAUUUGGAAUGAAGCAGCCUGGUACUUGUAGGCCAGUUUGUAUUGAGGAUGACUGUAUAACUGUCAGCCUGGACACAGUGGACUUUAAAACAGCUGAAGAAGCAUGUAGAAGCAACAACGGGGAGCUUCUGUCCUUCCAGUCUGAGAGGGACCAGAGCGUCUUUGACCUCCUGGGUCAUCAUGACCUGAUGGGAAACUUCUGGAUUGGACUAAGGUUACCGGUCGGCGUGUGCAGCAACCUAUCAGCCCCACUGAGAGGCUAUGAGUGGACCGCUGGUAACAUAGACAGAAGCUCGUUUCCAUCUUUCGGCUGGCGAGACAGCAUCAAACUCUGCUCUGCACACUGUGUGUCUAUUUCUAAUGACAGAAAAUGGACAGAGAGACCGUGCUCGGCGAAAACUGAUGGGUUCCUCUGCAAAACGAGGCACAGAGACGCAUGUCAGGCACAGGCUGUAUCAGAACCGAUGUUUUUCCCAGGCCCUAAAGGCUGUUCAAGCGUCCCCUGUGAACACACGUGCAAGGACGUGAAGGGGGGCUACACAUGCUCUUGUUUCAACGGAUACAUCCAGGACAGCAAAGACCCCCAGCGGUGCGUCUUGCACUGUGCACAGCAGUCCUGCCCCGCCAUGUGCGAGAGGAACACGGGCGAUUCCUGCUACUGUCCCGACGGCUUUGUGCUCAGCGGCAAACUCUGCGUGGACAUAGAUGAAUGUCACAUGGGCUUCUGUGAUCAGAACUGCAUCAACAGUCCCGGGAGCUAUGUGUGUUCCUGUAGGAAAGGAUAUGUGCUGAAGGAUCAAGUCAAGUGCGUCAAAUCUGAGGCCGAUGAAGAUCUGGGCGUCACAACUCCCGUUGCUGCAGGAGUUCUUAAACCACCGACGGCCAACAACAACAACACGCUGACCGGCUCCACUGGGUCAACGGGCAGCUUCUUCUGGAUUUGGAUUGUGGUGGCUUUGGCUGUGCUCUUGUGUAUAUUUGUGAUUCGGUUUCACGUGGUUAAUCGUCAAAAGCGCAGAGAGCAGAAUUUGAACCAGCAGCCUUCUGUUCCCAUGCCUGUGAACAACAUUGAGUGUUAAAUGAAGAUGAACUGGCUCACUGGGAUUUGGGAGACGUGUGUUAUGUGCUGCUGUAAAUGACUGAUGAUUCCUGAAUGUACAUAAAGUAUGCUGAAAAAUGUUACAGUGAAUAAAUUUUUGUAAAUAUAAACGGUGUAAUGUGAUUGAAGCAUCGAAUGGAAGGAAGAAGAACUGAGAAACUGCUUCAAUUAGCUGAUUUUGUAUUUCUCUGGUCACCCAGUAUGGUCCUCAAUGAAGGCAUGAAAGUAAUUUGAUUCUGUUUUUUUUAACUGCCAAUAACGACAAAUUAUUUAAACAGAAGAAAGCAUUCCCAUAUUAGUAAUUGGAGGAUGAUGGUUUUCAAGCACACAGUAACUGUUCGAAUGUCUGAAGUCCAGUAAGGAGCUUAAACUCACUAUUCAUCACUGCAGCAUGCACACUUACAAUUGGUUUUAGAUCAUAUAACGGAAAUCCACAGACACAAAUGAGUAAAAUAAAGUUUGGCCAGAAAAAGAUGGAUUUAAUUGUCUGAAAGAAAACCAAACAUGCACUUCAUUAUUUACACCUUUGUGCAUUUUUGGCAUGUUGACAAGAAAGUUCAUAUAAUGAUGCACAUGUCGCAUUCUUAAAAAUAGAAGCAGCUUGAAAAAGAAAGAGUAAAUAGACGAUACAGAAUAAAUCACAAGGAUUUUUGUUCUGUACUUUUCUUUAACAUGAGCCUAUAUGUAUCACUGUUUAGAAACAUUUCAAAGUUUAAAAUACUGAGUGUUGAGCUGCUCUUACCUUUACUUACAGAUGAAGCAACGCUCUCUGUCCACUCAGCUCUGCACUGCCCCCUAGAGUGAAGCAGAGGUACUGACUGCCUGCUUGGCCUUUUUGGUACUUUUUAUCUAGAGAUAGUGUAUUAUUUAAAGAAAAAUAUU